AUGAAGCGGAUGGAGUCGCGCGAUCUGUCCUACACCAACCUCGCCGCGAUGGCGGAGGAGUUUGGCACCUUUUCGCGCGUGCUACCGAGCGGCAGCUCAGGCCGCACGUCGACGGCAACGGCCCAGGACUCGGGGACGUCGUAUGCGAGGGCGAUGGAGCUCAUCAACACCGGCCUUCGGCUCGACACCAGCUCGCCGCUCGAGGCGAUCGAGUCGUACCAGCGCGGCGGGGACCUCCUCUCGCGAGCUGCUGACGGCGGCGGACGCGAAUCGCAGGCGCCACCGGACGCGCAGUCGCACAAGAUGCAGCAGACCCUCGACAUGAUCGAGGAGCGCGUCCGGUACCUCACGCGCUCCGCCGUCGGCAAGCCGCUGACGGACUCAGCAAACGUCUCGUCGCUGCCUUCGCCGCGCUCGACCGACGUGGGCGUGGUGACUAGUGAGCCGCCGCCGGUGCCCGACGCCGCGACGGACAGCCCCCUUCCGCCGACCCGCCUCGCCAGCUCGGUCGAUAGGCACGUGUACAACCUCUUCAACCUGGCGGCGCCAGACAGGCUGCCGCGCGAGCUGUGGAUGGUGCACGCCUCCUUUGGCGGGGGCAUCUUCGCAGACCUGAGGCGACAGACCGCCUCCUCCGCAGACUUGCGUCAGAACCCUCUCGGAACCCUCUCGGAACUUUCCGAUAGGCGCGCGAUGCGCGCGUUUGGCUUCCAGCACGAGUCUGCCCUCAACCAGACAGAGCAUUUGCUGCUGCUGCUCGCGAACGUGUCGAUCGGGACAUUGCACCGCCGGCUCAUGCGCAACUACCGCUCGUGGGCGGUGCACCUCGGAGUCUCUGCGCAGUGCGCCGCGGCGUCGGACGUGUCGCAGAACAAGGUCGCCGACCUCGCCCUCUGGCUGCUCAUCUGGGGCGAGGCUGCGAACUUGCGCCACAUGCCCGAGUGCCUCUGCUUCCUCUUCCACAACACGCGCGCUCGAGGCGCGGCCGCGAUGCAGCAGCCCAGCCCGCAGCCCAGCCCUCGUCGAGCCGCCACUAGGCGCGCUGAGCUGUGGGAUGCGCCGCUGCACAUGCCUCGCCGCCGGCCGCCGGGCUGGUUCCUGUCUCGCGUCGUGGCGCCGCUGUACCACAAGGUCCGCGCCGAGGCGAAGCGGACGGGCGAGCGUGGCAAGCCGCUCGGCCACACGCGCAAGGCGAACUACGACGACUUCAACGAGUUCUUCUGGCGGCGGCAGUGCCUGCAGUACUCGUACUUCGCGCCCGAGGAGGAGCUGGGCCACUUGCCUCCCUCCGGCUCGGACCCGGUGCUCGCGCUGCACGCGCCGGAGCUGCAGCGGCCGCUGCCGCCCAUCGACUCCUUCCCUGCCUGCAAGCGGUACGUGGAGCGCCGUUCGUGGCUCCACCCGAUCCGCUCCUUCUGGCGCGUGCACUCCUUCCUCUUCGUCGCCCUCCACUUCCUUCUCCACGGCGCGCUCCACCAGCAGCUCUCCGACGCUCUCUCCCUCUCCGUCCGCGUCGCCGCCAAGGCCGCCGUCGGCGCCGCCCUCGCCGUCGAGUACCUUCAGCUCAUGACGGAUGCGCCGCUCGCCAAGCAGCAUUUCGCCCUGUGCGAAAAGGUGGGCAACUGCGUGCACUUCGUGGUGCUGCUCGCCAACUGCGUGCCAUGCGUCUCGUCGCACGUCCGCUCCUGGCGCGGCCCGCUCAAGUCUCUCGCCGACCUGCUCGAGCCGCUCAACCGGCUGCGCGACGUCCACGUGCGGGACGGCGACGCGGGCGGGUGCGGCCCCGUGCUCGAGUACGACAUCUUUUGGUUCACGCUGCUCUGCUUCAAGCUCUCCUUCUCGUACGCCUUCCAGCUGCGCCCGCUCGUGCGGCCGACGCGCGACGCGUGGACUCUGGACCUCUCUUCCUGGUGGCCGGGGCACGACUUGGGCGCUGUGCCCAACGUGAUCGUCGUCGCACUGCACUGGGCGCCUGUUGUGCUGAUGUACUUGCUCGACCUGCAGAUCUGGUUCAUACUGUGGCAGGCCGCGUACGGCACGAUCAAGGGCUGGACGCUGCACAUCGGCGAGGUGCCCGACUUUGCCACGUUGCGCGAGCGCUUCUUCGACGCGUCGGACGCCUUCAACCGCAAGGCGGACCUCGUCUCGGGGCGCGAGCACGCGCUGCUCGCCUUCAACGGGUGGCACGGCUCCGCCUUCUCGUGCUGCGUCUACCUGCCCGGCUUCGUCACCGCCGGCAAACUCGCCGAGGCCUUCCACUUCGUCCGGCAGGAGCACGCGUCGGACGCGGCUCGAUACCAGCCGCCACGCAAGCGCUCGCAGAUCGAGCGCUCGCUCGUGGCCUCCAUCGACGCCGACCGGCCAGCGCGGUUCGCCCUGCGCGAGUUUGCAGAGCUGUCGAGCUGGCUCCUCUCCACCCUGCUCGGGCCGAGGCACGAGGCCGCCAUCGGCUCCGUGCUGUCGGCCGACGCGUCCCCGUCGGCGGUGGUGGACGGGCUGCGCGGCGUGCUCGACGCGCUCAAGGGUGCGCUGGGCGAGCUCGACUCGACCAUCGAGGCGCUCAAGUUCACGCCGCAAGGCUUCUUCUGGGACGAGGCGUACGCAAAGGAGCGCAUACUCGCCACGCUACUCGCCGACCAGCCGCCGGCCUGGCGCGCGCUCGGCCAGCCCGCCACCCGCCGGCUGGAGGGGCUAGUCUCGCUCUGCGUCACGGCGCAGCUCGACGCGGAGCCGCGCCACCCCGAGGUGCUGCGCCGGCUGCGCUGGUUCGUCGGCUCGCUCUUCAUGGCGAUGCCCGAGGCUCCGCCGGUGGAGGAGGCCCUCUCGCAGUCGACCCUCACGCCCUUCUGCGCAGAAGACAUCCUCUUCGGCAUGCGCGAGCUCGUCGCCAAGAACGAGGACGGCGUCUCGGUCCUCUACUUUCUCAAGACGGUGCACCCGGACGAGUGGUCCAACUUCCUCGAGCGGGUCGGCGUCAAGGCUAGCGAGGAGGCGCGGCUCUUCAAGGAGAAGGACCUCCGUGCGCUGCGGCUGCUGGCGCGGUGGGAGGGGUACGAGGGCGAGUCGCUGGAGCAGCUGGUUCGCUCAAAGUACUCGUACGUCGUCUCGUGCCAGCUCUACGGCACGCACAAGCGCAACCGCGACCCAAAGGCGGCCGACACCGAGUUUCUGCUGCAGCGCUUCCCCAACCUGCGCGUGGCCUACGUCGACAAGACGUCGACCCUCACCAAGGUGCGCGAGCCAGACGGCACGCUCGCGCUGCGCGAGACGAUCCGCUACUACUCGGUCCUCAUCAAGGGCUGCUCCGACGGCGGCGAGGAGGCGGUGCAGCAGGUCUACCGCGACAUCAUGAUUGGCGAGGGCAAGCCCGAGAACCAGAACCACGCCGUCAUCUUCACGCGAGGCGAGACGAUCCAGGCCAUCGACAUGAACCAGAGCGGCUACUUCGAGGAGGCGCUCAAGAUGCGCAACUUGCUGCAGGAGUUCCGCAUCCACCCGACCGCCACGAUCGUCGGCUUCCGCGAGCACAUCUUCACGGGCGAGCUGUCGAGCUUGGCGUCGUACAUGGCCCUGCAGGAGGGCUGCUUCGUCACUCUCACGCAGCGCGUCCUCUCGGACCCCCUCCACAUCCGGCAGCACUACGGCCACCCCGACGUCUUCGACAAGAUCUUCGCCAUGUCGACGGGAGGCGUCUCGAAGGCGUCCAAGGGCAUCAACCUGUCGGAGGACGUCUACGCUGGCUUCAACACGACGCUGCGGGGCGGCACCGUGCCGUACGCCGAGUAUGUGCAGGUGGGCAAGGGCCGCGACGUCGGCAUGCAGCAAAUCUACAAGUUCGAGGCGAAGCUGGCCUCGGGCAACGCCGAGCAGUGCCUCUCGCGCGACGUCUUCCGGAUCGCGCAACGGCUCGACCUGACGCGCUCCUUCUCCUUCUACUACUCGGGCCCCGGCUUCUACUUCAACAACGCCGCCACCGUCUUCGCGCUCUUCUUCUUCCUCUACGUGACGCUGCUGCCGCACCUGCUCCAGCUGGACGUCGGCGUGCCGGUCGCCGACCUGCUCAACGCGCACGGCGCAGGCCUGCUCCUCAACGUGCCCAUCCUCUGCUACCUCGCCGUCGAGCACGGCGUCGUGCGCGCGCUGCUCGAGAUGUGGCGCGUCAACGCGUACUACUUUGACUCGACGCUCAAGUACGGCGGCGCAAAGUACCGCCCGACGGGGCGCGGCUUUGUGAUGCGGCACGAGGAGUUCGCGGAGCUCUACCGCUUCUACUCAGGCUCACACCUCUACAACGGCUUCGAGCUGGUGUGGGGGCUGAUCCUGCUGUGGACCCUCGGCGCGUGGAAGGAGGUUGGCGGCGGGCCGGCCUACCUGCGCACCUGCUGGUCCAUCUGGGCGGUCGCCUUUGCGUGGCUCUUCUCUCCGUUCUGGUUCAACCCGCUCGCCUUCGACAUGAAGAAGAACUUGGAGGACCUGUGGCAGUGGCUGCGCUGGAUGGAGCGGCUCGACUCGUCAGUGACGACGAGCUGGGAGGCGUGGUGGCGCGAGGAGCGAGAGUACCUGCAGACGGGCUCGUGGGCAAAGAAGGCCUUCAUCCUGUUGCCCGGCGUGCGGUAUGGCCUCACCAGCGUCGGCAUCCUCGUCUCCGUCUCGCGGCGCGCCAUCGCGUCGGGCGCGCUGCUCGACGAGCUGCAGCUCGCCGCGCUGCUGGUCGGUGGCACCCUCGCCAUCGUCCUCGCCUUCCUGUGGAUGCCGCUGCUGCUGCGCGCUCGGCCCGUGCUUCUGCGGCUGCUCUCGUCGGCGCUGCUCGCCUUCAGCCUGUUCUACGCGCUGCCCUGGGUCGGCGUCCACGUCUCGCUCCUCCACGCGCUGCACCUCUUCGUUGCCGCCGCCUACCUCACCGCCGCGCUCAUCCGCAUCCCGUACGCGUUUGGCCAGCUGCCGUACUUUGUGCUGAUCGCCGGCAAGGCCGCCGCCCUCCUCGCUAUAGGCGGGCUGCUCAUCGGCCUCUGCCUGCUCCUCUCCGCCACGCCCGGCCAGGUGAUGCGGCACCUGCAGAACCGCGCGCUGCUCUCCGACGCCUUCAACCGUGGCGUCUACCAUGCAGAGCUGGCGCAGCUCAUUUCGAACCAGAACUAG